AUGGCUGAGCAGGACCCAGCCCCAGGCUGCCCCCGUGGGAAGCAGCAGCAGCCAGCUUUCACCUGGGAGGUGAGGGCCAACGACCGCAGCUACCACAGGCAGGUCAGGAAGAAAUUUGCCUUCUGCCUGAGCAAGAGGAAAUACUCGGGCAAUGCCAUCAGGACAGCCAAGUACAACCUGCUCACCUUCCUGCCCCUGAACCUCUACGAGCAGUUCCACCGCAUGGCCAACGUCUACUUCGUCUUCGUCAUCCUCCUCCAGACUUUCCCUGAGAUCUCCACGCUGCCCUGGUACACUCUGCUGUUCCCCCUGAGCUGCCUCCUCAUCAUCCGGGGGCUGCGAGACCUCGUCGAUGACAUUGGCCGUCACCGCAGUGACAGGAGCAUCAACAGCAGGCCCUGUGAGAUCCUGGCUGGGAGCAGGUUCUGCUGGCGGCAGUGGCGCGACAUCUGCGUCGGGGACAUCGUGCGGCUGCGCAAGGACAGCGUUGUCCCGGCUGACCUGCUCCUGCUGUGCAGCUCCGAGCCCAGCAGCCUGUGCUACGUGGAGACCGCGGACAUUGAUGGGGAAACCAACCUGAAGUUCAGACAGGCCCUUCUGGUGACCCACCAGGAGCUGCAGAGCGAGGAGAGCAUGGCUGCCUUUGAUGGGCGGGUGAGGUGCGAGGAGCCCAACAGCCGCCUGCACACCUUCACGGGCACCCUGCGCUGGCGGGGCCGCACGCACGCCCUGGACGGGGACCGCAUCCUGCUGCGGGGCUGCCGCGUCCGCAACACCGCCCUCUGCCACGGCCUGGUGCUCUACGCCGGGUUUGAUUCCAAAAUCAUGAGGAACUCUGGGAAGAUCAAAAGGAAGAAAACCAAGCUGGACCAGCUGAUGGACCGGCUGGUGAUCGUGAUCUUCCUGCUGCUGUUGGCGACGUCCCUGGGCCUGGCUGUGGCCUCAGGGUUCUGGGCCAGGACGUUCCAGGAGAAGCACAGCUACCUGGCUGCCCUCUACCAGCACACCAGCCCUGCCCACCAGGCCUUCCUCAACUUCUGGGGCUUCACCAUCCUCCUGAGCAUCAUCAUCCCCAUGUCCAUGUACAUCACGUUCGAAUUCAUCUACCUGGUGAACAGCUGUUUCAUCAACUGGGAUCUGGAGAUGUAUUAUGGUGCCAAGGACAUCCCAGCUGAGGCCAGGAGCACCAGCCUCAGCGACCAGCUGGGCCAGAUCCAAUACAUCUUCUCAGACAAGACGGGCACCCUGACCCAGAACAUCAUGAGCUUCAAGAAAUGCUGUGUCAACGGGACCAUCUAUGGUUCAGGCACAGGGCAUGAGAACAAACAGCCACAGGGCUCGGGGCUGAGCGGGGAGCGCCCUGGGGAGCAGAAGUCGGGUGUUUGCGAUGUGACGCUGCUGGAAGCCGCCCAGAGGGACAACGACCCAGUGCUGAGGGAGUUCCUGAGGCUGCUGGCCCUCUGCCACACCGUCAUGGUGGAGGACAGGGGCGACCAGCUGGUUUACCAGGCAGCCUCCCCUGAUGAGGAAGCGCUGGUGUUGGCAGCCAGGAGCUUGGGCUACGUCUUCCUGGGCCGGACUCAGGACUCCAUCACCAUCAGGGAGCUGGGCAAGACCAGGACCUACGAGCUGCUGGCCAUGCUGGACUUCAACAGUGACCGCAAGAGGAUGUCUGUGCUGGUGCGAGACCCCCAGGGCACCAUCCGGCUCUACACCAAGGGCGCCGACACCGUCAUCCUGGAGAGGCUGCGGAGCCGCGGGCCGCAGGAGAGCCUCACCGAGAGCGCCCUGGAUCGCUUUGCGGAGGAGACGCUGCGGACGCUGUGCGUGGCCAGCCGGGAGGUGAGCGAGGCCGAGUUCCGCGCCUGGGGCCGGAGGCACCGCGAGGCCGCGGCGCUGCUGGGGGAGCGCGCCCGGGAGCUGGACAGGCUCUACGAGGAGAUGGAGCAGAACCUGCAGCUGCUCGGGGCCACAGCCAUCGAGGACAAGCUGCAAGACGGGGUCCCCGAGACCAUCCAGCUGCUGAAACUGGGCAACAUCAAAGUGUGGGUGCUGACAGGAGACAAACAAGAGACCGCGAUGAACAUCGGCUACGCCUGCAGGCUGCUGACAGACGACAUGGAGAUCCUGGAGGAGAAGGAGGUCAGUGAGAUCCUCCAGGCUUACUGGGAGAGCAACAACAACCUCAGUGGCCGUGGGGACGCCCCGUGCAGCCUCUCCCAGCAGCACCCAGAGAUUCCAUGCCACAAGAGAGCCAUCAUCAUCAGCGGGGACUUCCUGGACAGAAUCCUGCACACAGGAGAGGUGCUGAAGGAGAAGAAGGGGUGGCCAUGGCAGUGGCUGUGCUGUGGCAGGGCCGAGGCCUCGCAGGACCAGGGGGCUCUGGUGGAGAAGGCCUUUGUGGACCUGGCCACCAGCUGCCAGGCCGUGAUCUGCUGCAGGGUGACCCCCAAGCAGAAAGCCCUGAUGGUGCAGCUGGUGAAGAAGCACAAGAAGGCCGUCACCUUGGCCAUCGGGGACGGCGCUAAUGAUGUCAACAUGAUCAAAACCGCGGACAUCGGGGUGGGCAUCAGCGGGCUGGAGGGGCUGCAGGCCGUGCAGUGCAGUGACUACGCCCUGGCCCAGUUCUCCUUCCUGCAGCGCCUGCUCCUGGUGCACGGCCGCUGGAACUACCUGCGCAUCUGCAAGUUCCUGCGCUGCUUCUUCUACAAGACCUUCGCUGGCCUCCUGGCCCAGGUGUGGUUCGCUUUCCACAGCGGAUUCACGGCACAGCCUCUGUACGAGGGCUGGUUCCUCGCACUCUACAAUAUUUUCUACACUGCCUACCCCGUGCUGUCCGUGGGCCUUUUCGAGCAGGAUGUGAGUGCCAAGAAGAGCCUGGAGUUCCCUGAGCUCUACGUGGUUGGGCAGCAGGACGAGCUCUUCAAUUACCGUGUUUUUGGUGUCACCCUCCUGCAUGGGGUGGGCACCUCCCUCAUCAGCUUCUACAUCACCCUCUGGGCCUUUGAGGACCACGUUGGCACCAAGGUCGUGGGUGACUAUGAGUCCUUCUCAGUCACAGUGGCCCUGUCAGCGCUGCUGUCGGUCCUGGUGGAGACUGUCCUGGACACUCAGUACUGGACAGUGCUGUCCUUCCUCAUGGUCACAGCCAGCCUGCUCCUCUUCUGCCUCUUCUCCUUCCUGACCCAAACUGUUGAUGCCUACAGGAUAGCCCCUGCCAUCUUCCGCUUCCCAGACGCCAGCUGGAAUGCCCUGACUGACCCCUAUGUGCUGCUCGUGGUCCUGCUGUCCCUGGUGGUCAACACCCUGCCCUCGCUCACCCUGCACACCGUCCGUGCCACCCUGGGCAGAGCCAGCACCCAGCAGAGGAUCCAGCUGAGGGCCCGGCGGGCCCCGGAGCCGCCGGUGGAGCUGCGCUCGCACGUCCCCCGCGGCUCCUUCCGCCGCUCCAGCUACGCCUUCUCCCACCAGCAGGGCUACGGCGGCCUCAUCACCCGCGGGGACAGCCUGCGUGUGAGGGACAGUCUGUGUGUGAGGGACAGCGGGGACAGUGGACAUGUGAGGGACAGUCUGUGUGUGAGGGACAGCGGGGACAGUGGACAUGUGAGGGACAGUCUGUGUGUGAGGGACAGCGGGGACAGUAGGCAUGUGAGGGACAGCUUGUGUGCUGGGGACAGUCUGUGAGUGAGGGACAGUCUGCAUGUGAGGGACAGCGGGGACAGCGGGCGUGUGAGGGACAGCGGGAACGGCCUGCGUGCUGGGGACAGUCUGCAUGUGAGGGACAGUCUGUGAGGGACAGCCUGUGUGUGAGGGACAGUCUGUGUGCCAGGGCCACCCCCGGCACCGCCCUGGCUGUCCCACAACCCCAGGGGACCCUGGCUAUGGCCUCGGUGUAGCUGUCCCCACCCUGCUGGGCCGGGGCACACCUGGCUGAUCCCUCCUGCCAGGGAACACCUUCAGUCCUGUCUGGUGGCUUUGCAGAGGGCCUGGCCCAGCCUGGGGGGCUCCUGCUGUGGCACCGUGACCCUUACACUGGGAGCACACGGCUUUGCGGAGCUGUACAGCUGGGACAGCCACUGACCGCUGCCACCAGGCUCCCUGACCUCUGCCACCAGCUGGCCACUGCCACCAGGCUCACUGACCAUUCCACCAGGCUCCCUGAGCACUGCCACCAGGCUCAGUGAUCUCGGCCACCAGCUGCCUAUUGCCACCAGGCUCACUGAUUGCUGCCACCAGGCUUGCUGACCACUGCCACCAGGCUCCCUGAGCACUGCCACCAGGCUCCGUUAUCUCUGCCACCAGCUGCCUAUUUUCACCAGGCUCUCUGGUUGCUGCCACCAGCUGCCCUCUGCCACCAGGCUCGCUGCCCACUGCCACCAGGCUCAUUGAUUGCUGUAACCAGAUUGCCUGCCCACUGUCACCAGGCUCCGUGACCAUUGCCACCGGGAUCACUGCCUGCUGCCACCAUGCUCACUGAUCUCUGCCACCGGCUGCCCAUUGCCACCAGGCUCACUGACCACUGUCACCAAGCUCCCUGCCUGAUGCCACCAGGUUCCUUGAGCACUGCCACCAUGCUCACUGAUCUCUGCCACCGGCUGCCCAUUGCCACCAAGUUCCCUGAUUGCUGCCACCAGGCUCUCUGCCCACUGUCCCCAAGCUCGCCCUCGCCCUGUGACCCCCUGGCUGCCAGCCCAGCUCCCUUGGCUCUGCCGAGCCCUUGGAGCCUCUGGUGUGAGGCUGAUCCCAGCCCAGGCUGCACCCACAAAGGCAGUGCUGCCGACCCAGACUCAAUAAUUAACUCUGGAUUAAUUACCUGCCCCGAUGGAGAGCAGCAGAGGGGCUGGGAGGGUGAAGCCCCUCAUUCCCACCCACAGGGGACUGAGCUGCAGUGGCUGCAGGAAGAACCUUGUUUUGUGUUCUCCACCAAGGGCUGGUGUCAGUCCUGUGGUUUUUCUGUCAGGUCAUGGAAUCCUGGAGCGGUUUGGGUGGUGUUGGAUUAUGGU